AUGGAGGCGACUCAAGAAUCAACCCAACCGUGCACAGACCCACGUCGCAUGGGCUACAACAACUCUGGGCUGCAUGAGCAAGAUGUAGCAGAUAUCAUUUGCAUCUUACACCCCAACUCGCUUGCCGCUCAUGAUGCAGUGGCGGCCACCGCUGACAUGGCACCCCAGCAUAUCCUUCAGAGAAAUGAACUAGAGUAUCAAAGCUCUGAUACCGCGGCCUUGGACAUUGCCUUAAGACUGUCAUCCGGCGUCCAUGACUUGCAAAUGGGCUUUUGUUUUGGUCGGAACAGGACGCGCUGUGACCUUUUGCUCGUUGCUGACGAUAACUCCAAACGCAUAUCAAACACGCACUUUCGCAUCUAUAUCACGAGCGACGGGAUCCUCAUGCUCCAAGACACUUCCACUAACGGCACGGUUGUAGACAACUAUCGUCUGCGCAAGAGCCAAAAGGAUAACAGCCGGAUGCUCACCAGCGGGUCUGUCAUCCAGGUGGUUAAUGGCAAUCAGUCCUCCGAAGAGGUCAGAUUCGUGGUUCGGAUUCCAUCUCGGGAAACGUUUGAAAUGCAAUACACCGAGAACAUGAUUCGUUACUUUCAGCGAGUGCAGCAGUAUGAAAUUGACAACGCACGACCAAGAGCUCGACAGCCCUCGACACAACCUACCUUACACUUCACAGUUGCCAAUCAGUAUGGAAUGCACUGGACGGGUGGCUCUGAAUAUAACGUGACUGGACAAAUUGGGAAGGGGGCUUUCGCGACGGUUUACAAGCUCGCCACGAAACAGCAUGGAAUGGUGUAUGCAGCCAAGGAGCUUGACAAACGAAAGUUCAUGAAGAACGGCAUUCUGGACCAAAAAGUAGAUAAUGAAAUGAAGAUCAUGAGGGAUCUCCGGCAUCCUAACAUCGUGCAAUACAUCGCCCACCACGAGCAUGAGCGAUGGAUCUACAUCAUUAUGGAGUAUGUGCCUGGCGGAGAGCUUUCCACGUACCUCCAGUCUCAAGGUAAAAUGCAUGAAGACAUGGUGAGAAGCGUGGCUCGUCAGAUCCUCCAUGCCUUGCAAUACUUACAUAAGCGCAAAAUCACUCAUCGUGACAUCAAACCGGACAAUAUUCUGAUUGCGUCCGUCGAUCCGCUACGGGUUAAACUGUCCGAUUUUGGGCUAUCGAAGGUGGUUCAAGAGGAGACCUUUCUCAAAACAUUUUGCGGUACGCUUCUAUACUGUGCCCCGGAGGUGUAUCCAGAAUACGAAACAUAUCGCCGUGGUGAAGCUAGAAAAAGGCGUCGGCUGGGUGAUCCGCCACCGAAAACAUCACCCUACGGUCAAUCCGUUGAUACAUGGUCUUUUGGUGCAGUGCUAUUUCACAUUCUUUCUGGCAUUCCUCCCUAUACAGGCCGCGGUGACGAUAGAGGUGCCCAGAUGCUGCAAACCAUUAUGACUACUGACCCCGACUUCAAUGUGCUCCGUGACGCAGGCGUAUCAGAGGCCGGUGUUGAUUUUGUCGCUCGCCUCUUGAACCGUGACCCACUUUCACGUCCAAAAGAACGGGAUUGUUUCCAGCAUCCAUGGAUAGCCGAGGUUGCCGACGUAGAUGAAUACGAAGACGAUGAUAUUCAAUCUGACCAUCAUGAUGGGCUGUCGGAUAUCAGCGAAAAUGAGGAGGAAGAACUGGAUGCAUCCCAGCUUUCUAUCAAUGAUAACCGGGAUGCGGAGGAUGAAAGCGCCGAAGAAGAUAUUGACCUGGCUCAAUCCAAGAGACCUAGGAUCGAUUAUCCUCCCGCAGAGAUUCGCUAUCCAUCCCUACCCAAAAUUGAGAGCUUCAAAGAUUUUCGCCCUGUUCCUGAACCAAGCCCGCGGCGUCUUUUUGGUGAGAUUACUUCAUCUGCGUUACGCAGUUCCAAUGUUCUAGGAGCCAGCAUGGAUGCCUUCGAGGGCGACGACUUCAGUAUCCAUGAUUUCGUUUCUUCAAGUGGUGAGUCGUUAAUCAGCGAUGGUCAAAGCAUCAAUUCCGUUGUCUCCCUUCCGGAACACCCAUUCGGUGGCUCUGCACCAAGUUUGAUGGGAGCUGAGAACCUCGUUCGGCAGCUGAACAUGAACUCGUGGCACCCCGGCCAGUCGAACAUUCGUCACCAAACCGCCGCAACCCCGGUGCAACCAACUAGUCCCAAAGGCCAGAAUGCAGCAGCCGAUGACAGUGCCCCCGUUACAAGUCAUUCCAACGAUGCCACCCCUAAAGCACCCAAAUUCAGACGUCGGAUCGAGCUGCCCGUUCCCGAAACCGCCAGUGAGCGGUCCAGUGAAGAUAAUACAAGAGAAAAUUCCAGGGAUCCAUGUGGAAAUCCUGCAAACCAGUCCAGAGAAGCAUUUGAUAUUGAAUUGGCGACCACCAUUGACGCCCAAACUGGAAAAAAAACCUCGGGAUCUCCCGUGAGAGUACAUGAUGUUAACCAUGUCAACAGCUCUAGCAAGGAAUCCAUUGGAAUCCCACAGGCUGUGUUUGCUUCCCGUUCUAGUGAACGUCGGCCUUUGCUUGGCAAGUUGACGACCCUUCCGGGCUCUAUAUUCGAUUUGACGAUUCCUUUGAGAGAGCGCUUGAACUCCUGGGGCCGAGGACCGCAGGCCAAUAUUCGCCAUCCCGAUCCCAUGGAAACCAGAAUCCCCGCAUAUGCUCUGAAUGUGACAUUUUGGUCACCAACCCUGGGACCGCAGGUUGCGAACGGCGAAGACUGGAUGACUAUGCCUGGGGUGAGGGCUAUCCUAUCGACAAAAACACGCCAAUGUAUUUGGGUUAAUGGAGUGGAGUUACAACGUGAGCCCGAACAGUACGGAAACUUGUAUACUGGGGAUAUUAUUACUGUCUACGAAUAUAAAGGCAGGUUCCUGAAGUUCCAGUGCGAAUUUUACCAUGGGGACAGUGCACAGUUGCGACCUGAUUCUGAAAAGGGCUUUGUCAUCCAACGAAAGGCACCUUUAACGGCCAAGGAGGAUAGGUCGACGAACUGUUUACCUGUGCGGAAGGAUCAAGGUCAAAGAGAAAAGAAGCCUGCUGUUUAA